GCUGAGGCUGCUGCCCUGUCGCCAUUGAGCAAAGUUAAUUCACUCUCACACAUACUCUCUCUCCUCCUCCUUCUCCUCCUUUCCCGCUUCGGCAUAUGGUGAGGACGUUGUCACCGCACCAAACAAGUCGCGCAGCCCAGCGCCGGGACGUCCGCGGGGAUCCGGGGGGUGCGGGGGAGGCAGGAGGCCCGGGGGAUGCCGCCGGCCUGAGCUGCGACCGCGCCGUCGGAGGCCGAGGGACGGGGCGGCCCCGCCGGUAUUACCUAGAAAUGAGGAUGGAAACACAGCCUAGGAAAUCAGCCUUUUGUCAUCUGUGUAUGAAGAACUGAAGUGUCUGUGCUUUGUUGUUUUAUUUUUUGAAUACAGUUCAGGAGAAGCUGUCAACAUGAAUGCUGCUGACAACGGGGUCAGUAGUCUCUGUGCAAUAUGUGGAGACCGAGCGACUGGAAAACAUUAUGGUGCUUCCAGCUGUGACGGAUGCAAAGGAUUCUUUAGACGUAGCAUAAGGAAAAACCACGUCUAUUCAUGCAGAUUCAACCGACAAUGUAUUGUUGACAAGGACAAAAGGAAUCAAUGCAGAUAUUGUCGUUUAAAAAAGUGUUUUCGAGCAGGAAUGAAAAAGGAAGCUGUACAAAAUGAACGGGACAGGAUAAGUACAAGAAGAAACACUUUUGAUGGCUGCAACAGUCCCUCUAUUAGCACAUUGUCACAAGCCGAGACACUCUCCCGCCAGAUCUCAAUUUCCAGUCCUGGUGCUAGCACUGAUAUAAAUGUUAAGAAAAUUGCUGGUGUUAGUGAUGUCUGUGAAUCUAUGAAGCAACAACUUUUGGUCCUGGUGGAAUGGGCUAAAUAUAUUCCAGGCUUCUGUGAACUACCACUCGAUGACCAGGUUGCCCUGCUAAGAGCACAUGCUGGGGAGCACCUGUUGCUUGGAGCAGCAAAGCGGUCCAUGGCAUAUAAGGACAUUUUACUUUUAGGCAACAAUUACAUAAUACAUCGCAACAGCACUGAAAUGGAGAUCUGCCGAGUGGCAAAUCGGAUUCUGGAUGAAUUAGUUCGUCCCUUCCAGGAAAUUCAAAUAGAUGACAAUGAAUAUGCUUGCUUGAAAGCAAUUGUGUUUUUUGAUCCAGAUGCAAAAGGCUUGAGCAAUCCAUUGAAGAUUAAGAAUAUGCGAUUCCAAGUGCAAAUCAGUUUAGAGGAUUAUAUUAAUGACCGUCAGUACGACUCCAGAGGAAGAUUUGGAGAACUUCUUCUUCUACUGCCUACACUCCAAAGCAUCACUUGGCAAAUGAUUGAGCAGAUACAAUUGGUUAAAUUAUUUGGAAUUGUUAAAAUUGACAGUUUGCUUCAGGAAAUGUUACUGGGAGGUACUUCUAAUGAUGCCAGUCAUAUGCAUCAUCCAAUGCAUCCUCACUUAGCCCAAGAUCCAUUAACUGGCCAAACUGUCCUCAUAAGUUCAAUGUCUGCUCCUGUACAUACAGAACAGAUACCAACUCCAGAAACUCCAUUACCUUCUCCUCCACAAGGCUCUGGGCAAGAAUACAAAAUGUCUGCAAAUCAAGCUUCAGUCAUUGCACAGCAAUCUAUUUUGAAACAAAAACCAUUGUGAUAAUAUUUGAAUCUCUGUCUUAUCCUUCCUUCCUUCCUUCUCUUCCUUUUCAUGCACUACAUAGAUUGGUAGAACACUUGCACAUUUAAAAUCUCAGGUUGAUAAAGGAAAUUAUUUCCUCAGCAGCCACUACUAAGUGGGUGUUCCUUAAAACACCUCAUGAUUUGGAAAGUAAUGCUGUUCUGACUACUGCAUACAACUGUAACUGUGGAUGCUGCAGUCUGACAAAUAUGUAUAGAGGUAGAUAUUAUUUUUAGAUCUCAUAAUUGCACAGAUUUGUGUUUUUAUUUCCUGUUUUAGUUGUUGUCUUAAUAUUAUUGUUUUAGAUGUGUAUAUAAUUUUUUCUUUGUAAUGGAACUACUUAGUGCUUGUUUAGCUGUGAAUUCUAGAUAUGAAAAAGUGGGUUGUUCAGGCAAAGGCCAAGAUUCCACUAAUAGUAGGAAUAAUUAGGCUACAAAAAAGCACAUGAAUUGAAAAAAAAAGGAAAACAUACUUAAUUGACAGAAAACCCCAACUAUUUUAGAAAAUCCUGAUUUGAAAGGACCAUCUCUUUCAAGUAAAAUUUCAACAAAAGCAUUGAAUCCUCCCUGCUUAACAGUUUGUAUGAAGCAGAAGGUCAGCCUGGGUGAAUAUGCUUGAGGACUUCUUAAAAUCUAUAUAUAGAACAUAUAUAGAUAUUAUGUCUAUAUAUAGUCAAUUGGCCAGUGCUGAAGCAUUUAUAUUGAUAAAUACUUAGAACAAGGACUGGUAGGCUUUUUGGUUUGGGCUAACUAGUACUUUCCCCAAAAAUUUAUGAGCACACUUCAGGAAUUAGGCCAGUCUAGGGACACUUUUCACUUUUAGGUACUUUGGACACAGCCCUCCUCUUUAAGGGUACAGAGAGUAUCACAGAACACCAGAAUAAACUGAAUUGGAAGGGAUCCACAAAGAUCAUUGAGUCCAAUCCCUUGCAUUGCCCAGCACCAUCCCCAAGAGUCGCACCAUGUACCUGAAAGGGUUGUCCAAAUGCUUCUUGAACUCUGUCAGGCUUUUCUGUGGCCACUUUCCUGGGGACCCUGUUUCAGUGCCCCCAACUGCCCUCUGGGUGAAGAACCUUUUCCUCAUAUACAACCUAAACCUCCUGACACAACUUCAGGCCAUUCCCUUGGGUCCUGUCCCUGGUCACUAGAGAGAGAGAUCAGUACCUGCUCCUCCUCUUGCCCUCACAAGGAAGUUGCAGACUGCAAGGGGGUCUAACUAGGACCAUGUCAGGGCAAGAGGAUACUUUGUGAUGUUUGGUUUACCAGUGUAAGAGUAGCCAUUAUGUUUAUUUGUCUAACUGGGUAGUAAAUGCAUAUUUCAGCAAUCAUUAAAAUUCACCUACUGAAAAGUUGUAAUUAAUGUAGUAGCUCUCUGUUUGGAGAGUUUUGACUUACUAAUUGCAGCGGCAGAUGUGCCUGAGUUCAGUUCCAGGUGUUUGUGGUUUGAGCCAUGGUAUUUCAAGCCAGAAGGCAGCCAGAAGACAACGUACUAUCUCAACUGACAUACUCAUCCUCUCAAUGUCCAAGUUUUCAGAAGCAUGGGAUGACUUGUUUUUCUGUGAUGAGCCACUUUCUCCACCUCUUGCUCCCCUUCCAGUCUGGGGAUCCAACCUUGACUAGGCUUUGUGUCUGGAGUCCAUAACAGCCCAUCUGGAUUUGGACCCUCUGUGAAUUUGCACAAAGUGGACCUUGUGACACAUGGUCACUUGGGGCAUUUGUACUACUCAAUUACAAUGUGUGAAAGUAAUCCUUUAUGAUAUAUGAAGUGAUAUGUUGUUCAUACAAUACUGACUUCAUAAGAAAAUCACCACUUCACAUAUUUUAUUUACUCCAGACAGCAAUGAUUUAGUACAUUAAAGCAGACUUUCUACCAGAAGAUAUGUAAGAGAGAAACACACAAAAAAGAGAUAAUAAUAUAUUGCAGCUUGCUAAACUAUUGCAAAGAGAAAACAUAGUAGAGUCAGAAAUUCUUCAAGGUGAGAUGUGGAUCAUCCUGAACCAGACACCUUCAUUAAUCACAGCAACCAGAGAUGGUGCAGUUACACCCUUGGCUUGUAAAAGUUGCUCAAACAAUCCAAAAUGAUUCUUCAAACACAUUUUUGUAGGCUGGAAAUUCAACACAGUAAAUGUUGAGCUGACCUGAACAUUCAAAAGGCUUUAAUGAGAAUGCACCUACCACCAAGUAGAUACUGUGUUUCUUUUUUAUUUUAAAGUAGUUGCUUUUGUAAAGUCUGUAUACAGUAGCUAUUAAUGUUUGCUUUUUAGAUCCUUUUCCUUUUUGCUGUUUAUUGUUUGUUUUUUAUUAAUGCAUUGCUCUUUUUACAAGUUCCUUUUAAUAUGAGUUUUUAUGACAGAAUAAGGUACUGAAGAUUUGCCAUUAACUUUAAGGGUAUCCAGACUCUGCUUUUUUUUACAAGUUAGCCACCAAUGCUUUACAGUGAUACACAAAGGUAAAACAAGUGUGAGAGAUAAUGAGCAGCCCAAAAGUUUACUGAUUUGGCUCACUUUUGUGUACUUGUCAUAGAAAGAGUGUUGGACUCUAGGUGGAUCUGCAUGAAUUUACUGGGUCAGAUAAAUGAAUUCAGCUACAUAUACAUGGCAGUAUUGAUCUGACUUAAAAACAUAUAAUUGGAAAUAAAGAUCAGUCCCCAAGCUGGCCACCCUUGUCUUAUAUAAGAGAUGUGCAUAAUAGCUUACUUUAUUUUUCACAGACAACUUUAGAUAUCAAGUGUACAAUAAAAUAUUGUCACACACUGCCAAAUUGUACUGGAGGAAAAAUAUACUUUAGUAUUUUAUCUGACAAAAAGCUGUUGUCUAUUUUGUACGAUAUAUUACAUUUUUGAAUAAAAACACCACUGUAAUUUAUUGGGAAAAGCUGAUUUAUUUUAUAAAUGUAACAUUAUUUUUGUAAACUUAAUUAUGAAAAAUCAGAAAUGAUUAGUGCUGUUAAAUAUUAAAUUAUAAUGAGAUGUAACUUUAUAUGUUUGAACUCUGAUACCAAGUUUUUGUAUUGAGCAUUUGGAAUUGAAAUGGUUGCUGGAAAAAUUUCAAAUGGACUGUUUUUCAUCAAAGCUCAAUAAAGAAAUAUGAAUGA